AUGCAGGAAGCUGAGGGCAAGAGCUCCAGCACAGUCCUCUGUGUGAGGGAGGCCUAUGGAUGGCUAGGUACAGACAUAGCAGAGACUUCUUUCUUCCUGCAGCCCCAGGCAAGGCUUUACAAACAAGGCCGCUUAACCAAUACACCAGAUCUGCACAUGCGGCCACCUAACAGCUCCAUCCUUUGCGCCCGGGGACCCCUGCCCGAGGUCCCCCAAGAGUGCCAGUACGAGUGCGCCAAUCGGACCAGCUCCGGCUUCACAGCCUCGCUGGCCAGGAAGCUAGCCUUCUUCCCUCCGUCUACUUCCAUCCCUGAAAACCCGUGGCUCCGAGAGACCUUGGCUUUCUUGGGACUCUACCCCAGGGGCCUGCCCACAUCCGCUCCUGAGUUUGAGGGGCAGAGGGGCAAUCGCCCCAAGAAGUCUCUCCAGCGAUGGGAGCCGCCCGCCUGCUGCCUAACCUUACCCUGUAAGUGUGAUGCCUAUGACUGGAGUUCUCCUUGUCAUUUCCAGCCCCAGGAAUGUUGUACCUCCCCGGGGACUAUCAUUGGGCAGGGGGAGAAUCACCCGUCUCCUAAUUUUAACCAGUACGUGAGGGACCAGGGCGCUAUGACUGACCAGCUGAGCAGGCGGCAAAUCCGUGAGUACCAGCUCUACAGCCGGACCAGUGGCAAACACGUGCAGGUCACCGGGCGACGCAUCUCUGCCACAGCCGAGGAUGGCAACAAGUUCGCCAAGCUCAUCGUGGAGACCGACACAUUUGGCAGCCGGGUCCGCAUCAAGGGGGCAGAGAGCGAGAAGUACAUCUGUAUGAACAAGAGGGGCAAGCUGAUUGGGAAGCCAAGCGGGAAGAGCAAAGACUGCGUGUUCACGGAGAUCGUGCUGGAGAACAACUACACAGCCUUCCAGAACGCCCGGCACGAGGGUUGGUUCAUGGCUUUCACUCGGCAGGGCCGGCCGCGUCAGGCCUCCCGGAGCCGCCAGAACCAGCGAGAGGCCCACUUCAUCAAGCGCCUCUACCAGGGCCAGCUACCCUUCCCCAACCAUGCUGAGAAGCAGAAGCAGUUCGAAUUCGUGGGCUCAGCCCCCACCCGCAGGACCAAGCGCACUAGGAGGCCCCAGCCCCAAACGUAGUCAGGAAGGCCACAGUAGAUGCUGGGUAGAUGACCCCCAGCAGCCUUCCCUCUCUCCUCUAACUCAUCCAAAGAUGGGGACUGGGGUGGAGGGUGGGGAGCUAGACCCCCAAAAGGAUCCCGAGCGCAUGAAGUUUCUGAUUCUCAGCUGGGAAGGGUGGACACCACACUCUGGAGUAGGCUUUUGUGAGGACAGGGACAGUCCCCAGGAGAGGAAAUAGGGUCUCCUUGACCUAAAAUGCUGCCUCCCAGCGUCUGCCUGAAACAAGUGAGUAGGCCAGCAGAUUCGGGGCUUGUAGGACUGUACUCAUAGCUUGCUCCCAGAACCAAAUACCCAAACUCCUGACCAGACAUAGGAGGGGGCUUUGGGUUUUGUUUUCCAAAGAGAGCGAGAGAAAGAGAAACAAAAGCCAGCCACUCUUGAGAUUUCUCACCCCAGGCCUGCGCCCCCACCCCAAGCCCCAGAAUAAAACCAUUUUCCUGCAACCGGGU